AUGUCAUUUUCCCAAUCUCUGAGCCACUGUCAGUUUUAUUAUGUUGACAAAUUUAUUAUCAUAGCUAGUGGAAAUGAAAUAGUUCUUUACAGCUACCAUAUUGAUAAUAUCAAAUCUGAUCUCAAAAGACAAAUAACGAACUCCAAAUAUAAACAAAUAAAGACAAUAAAAAUGUCGGAAUUUCAAAAUAUUUCAGCUUUUAGUGCAGUGAACUCUUUCUAUUCAUAUAUUGGCCUUUGCUGUGGCUCAAAUAAAUCAAUUGCAGUCAUAGAUUUUAAUGUUGGCUCAGUCAUAACCCAGAAAUCCAAUACCCAUGAAAGAUGCAUACAUACCAUAGAACAAUUUACGGAACCAAACAAUGGAUCAUCUUCUGAUCACCAAUACAACCUGUUCCUAACAUCAGCUGCCAGUGAUUGCAUAAAGUUGUGGGACUUGAGGACCAGAGAGUUUAGUACAUAA